UUUUUCACUUUUCUCUGUCUUUUGUUUUGCUCUGUACAAUAGCUAUGAUGAUUACUGAGAAAGUGCUUCUCUUUAUAUCCCACAAGAAUCCAUCUUUCUCUCUGUUGUGGCGGUGGAGAUGGCAGAGGAGGAGCAUCUGAAUCCUGUUGGUGUUUCUCAAGUACCGGGGAUAAGGAGAGUGGGUUUGAGAGCUGAGAUAGAUACUUCUCUGCCGUUCGGUUCGGUUCAGGAGGAGGUGACACGGUUAGGUGGUCGUGGGUACUGGGUUCCUUUCAAGCUCGAAGACAACUACAAUGGUGUAGGAGAGUUUGACAUAAAGAGAAUGGAAGAGCAUGCAGCUGAGCUAGAGAAAGAUCUAAUAGUGAAAGAGUUAGAAACUCUAGACGUCCUAGAAGCACUAGGAACCACCAAGAGGAUCGUCGAAGACUUGAAACGCCAGCUUCACCAAGAGUCCUUGAGAUCAUCAGCCGAACAGAUCAAAGAGAUGAACAACGACGGCCACAGCAACCACAACCCCAUCUCACCAUCCCCCGAUCUCAUCUUGACGGAACUAAAGCAAGCCAAGAUAAACCUCGGCAAAACCAUGGACGAUCUCGUGAUGAUCCAGUCCUCCGUCGAGUCUCUCAACAAGAAAAUGAAAGAAGAGAAAAAGUUUCUUGACAAUGCAAGAGAGAAGCUUACAUAUGGCUUUGGAGGAGAGGUGGUGUCACUAGCUGAAACACCAAGGGAACAAGUAAAGAUCGAUGCUGAACCAACCGAGGAAACAUGUUUAAAACAACAGAACAAGAACUGUCUGAGAACAGCAGAGAUGAGACUCGUUGCUGCUAGGAAGAUGGAGGAAGCUGCUAAAGCGGCUGAGGAGCUUGCGAUGGCUGAAAUAACAAUGUUGUCAUCAUCAGCAGCCUACGGUGAAAGCGAGGAGGAGGAGGAGGAUGAGUUUUGCUUUCCGGAGCCUCCAAGAUCUCCGUUUAGGACACCGAGAGGGUUUGGGAACGAUCACGAGUCGAGAAGAGGGAUGAUCUUGAAGAAGCUUGAGGAAGCUACGGAAGGGGUUAGAGAAGGGAAACAAGCGUUGGAAGAUGCGUUGAACCGAGUAGAGAUUGCUAACGAGAAGCAGCUCGCUGCUGAAACUGCUUUCCGCGGGUGGAGCAAACACUCAUCACCACCUAUGAAUCAACCCCAACGCUCCUUCUUCAGCCAUCUGAACAAGCCAGUGGUGAAGUCUAAUGUCUCGAUGCGUGAUGUUCUAAGGCGUAAGCAAGUUCCAAAGGAAGAUGAUGUGCACAAGAGGCAGAGUCUUGAAGGAGAGACACCGAGGCGGCAUGUGAAUUUGAGCCAGAUGUUGAAGGAGCUGAAGCAGGAUGUGAAAGAGGAGGUGCGUGAAGAGAAACGGUUUGUCACGCAGAGGAGGAAGUUUGGGUUCAUACACAUUACACUUCCAAUGCACAAGCAGAGUAAGAAAAAAUCCAGCCUAUAAUAAAACAACAUCUUCAAGUAUUCAUGUUUUGGUUCUUAUGUGUUUGUUUGUUUGUAAUUGGUUUUCAUUUAGUAUAUGAUGUGUUGUGAUUUGGUGUUCAUGUCUUUGAAUUUGUAUUGAAGAUGAUAAAUAUUCAGUUAGUCUUAAAUAA